AGUGUCGCGUUCGCAUUCCAACGUGAGUCAACAGCGAGAUGUGAGCCGGCCGCGCGGGGGACUUUCUGCCUUCCCAGAACUGUCUUUUGUCACAUUUUGAAAAGACUCAAAGAAAAAUAAAAAAAAUAAUCCCUCCGAAAUGGAGCUUACCGCUUGCCCUGAUGGAUACAGGGCUCUCAGCACCGGCGAGCUGAGGGAGCUUUUACAAAGCGACGACAAAAUGGAGCAAAUCAUUCGACUCAAUGAGAAGUUUCAGGAGCUUCAAGUGGACAGGGAGAUGAUGCUGGCCUCCAAUCGCAGCGUGGCCGAGGACAGUCUGGCCCGGCAGCCCCGCCUCGAUAACGGCAGACUCCAGUUGGCGGAGAAAUAUCGGGAGCUGUCCAACCUGGCAACCAUGUGCUGGGAAAAACAGAGUCAGCUUGGAACCCGAGUCCAGAAGCACAGCUUGCAGAGCGCCCAGAACCUCCUGCAAGAAGAGGUGGCACGCGCUGAGGAGAACUCAGAGGAGCUGCUGGACAAGUUCAUGGAGGGGAACGUGAGGCUGGAGGACUUCUUGGACUCCUUCCAGAGCUCCAGGAAGACUUACCACAUCAGGCGAGCGCAGGUGGAGAAGAUGCAGGACUUGAGCAAAAGGCACACCAGCAAAGUAGGCGGAGGCGGCGAGGACGCGAUUGGCAAAAUCCCCGAGGAGGUGAAAGCGGAUUCCGAGCGCCUCCCGGACCCCCCGCGGCCCAACGGCUACCUGGCGCAGGGCCCCCUCCGGGUCUUCCAGGUACGCUACGGCCUCACGCCGGCCAUCCUGUUGCCGCAUUACCCCGUUUCCCCCACGGCCUCAGCCCCGGCCCACCGGGCCAGGACUCCCCCACCCGAACCCCACCCACAGGGACACGUCCUCGGGCCCAGCGCUCCCCUCCACCCGGUGGGACUCAGGGUGAUCGGACAGCUGCCCGGGGGCUGGCCGGCCAAUGGGCGGCCGGUACGAUUGCAGCAGCUCUACAGGCCCAACCCCCAACACCCCCAACCGCCCUUCCGAUAGGUCGGGAACGGAAAGUAGGGCAAAACUUCUCAGAGCGGCGUUCCAGGAAAAUGGACUCUACGAUAGACGGCACACCAUCUGUCCUAAGAUGCCCGGAUGUUUUAACUUGGUGGCAUAUUUGAUUCAACAGGACAAAGUUCUCUCAAGGGCAUGGCACACAAGUGGUUAGCAUGUCUGCCUGACACUCAAGAGAUCCCGGUUCGAAUCUCUGUUCUGCGGGUACCGCGACUCCCACCCAGAUUUGCAAAACAUGCGUGUUCGAUUCAUUGACGACUCUAAAUUGUCCGUAGGUGAGAAUGUGAGUAUGAAUGCUUGUUUGUCAUGCGAUCGACUGGCGAUCAAUCCAAGGGUGUGCCCCACCUCUCUCGAACAAACUCAGAUGGGAUCUGUUCCGUUUCCAUAAGCAGUAUAGAAAAUGGACGGAAAAUUCUCAAGGCGUACUUGUGGAUUCCAUCUCCAGUGUCUUUUUUGUGUGUGUAUUUAUUCGCGUAAAUCCUAUUUUUAAUGGUUGGCUUCAAAGAGGCGCUUCAGAUUCACAAUAUUUCUCCUCCGACGGCUCCGUUUGCAGCGCUGGAGGAUUUAAGCGCGACGGGACGAGACGCCGUCCUCGCUUUCUUGGGAUUAUAAUAAUUCUCUAAUUAUUCCGCCCCUCGACCAGCAAGCGAUCAGAGAAUGUUUACGCUGCUUUGACAAACUACUAGGGGGGAGGGGAGAGUGCCUUUCGGCGACCAGUGCCCAGUCGGAUCCAUCAGUACUCUAAUUGCGAGUCGUUGUCGUCUUCUUCUAAUGAGAGACCCCGCAGGAGUGAAUGCCACUGCAGAAGGUUUCCUCGUGUUAUUUUAGACCCUCUUGAAAAUGCCCUCAAAAAUUAAUAAUGCACAAAAAUGCGACCUAGAUACUCCAGCAGUGGAUUCUCACUGCGCUUAACAAAGAAAAUAUUGUUUCAUAUUGUGGAAAAGACACUCAAAUCUGCAGAAGAUUAAAGGAUUGGGACCAAUAAACCCUCUGCGCGGAACUUCAAUUUAUUGUCUAAUAUCGUAUUUCCUCAAAUAGUGGCCUCUGCUCUAAUAGAUGCCGUACCUCACUUUACAUGGCACGUCUCAAAUAAAUGUUUUCCACUGUGGAAAAGGUGAUGUUUAUUUUCUCAAUUAUUUUUUUCAACAUGAUUAUAUCAGUAUAUUUUAAAAUAAUAUCACUGUAUAUCGUUAGCCUAAUAGUGUAAUUUGCCCGAGUCAUUUUUAACUUACGGUAACAAUACCAAUAAAAAAGUACUGAUAUGCUUGCAAAAAAAAAGCAAAUGUUUGUUUUUUUUGUGUGUGUUUGUCAUUCGUCAAAGUAAUCCACAAAGGUUGAAUCGAGGCAAGUGGACUGUUCGUUUGAAUUUGUUGCGUUUUUUUCCCCCCUUGUUUUCAAAACAUUUUCAAAAAUGACAUGCAAUUAUGCUCGUAGGCUAACAAUAUAUGUUAUUUGUUGCUGUCCAAUAAAAAAGUGUCCAUCACCAAUUUUAUAAUUUGUUUAAAUAUUUGAAAUAUUUUUUGGAGUGGUAUUUGAAAAAUGAAGAUUUAAAAAAAAAAAAAAAGGGGGGUACAAUAAAAAAUUUUAAAUUUAUUUGGGUUUUGAUUAGACAAUGAUAUAAUUAUUAUAAGACAUUGUAAUCUACAGUAAUAUUUUUUAUCUUUGAAAAUAUAUAUUUUUUAAAUUAAAGAUUAAUAUAUCAUUUCUGGAUACAUUUUGAAUAACUGUCCAAAUAAAGGCCUUCUGUAAUAAUGGAGUUUCAGUGUUGUAAAAAUCUUUUUAAAAAGAGUGGAAAAUGAACUGAUUUCUGUAUGUAACGCCUGGUACUCUGUGCAGUUGCGUGGCCACCAUUUGAGGAAUUGCGCUUUGUCCUGAUCUUUGUGGCUUUCUCAGUACGACUAAACCAAGUCGACAUAAAGGUGACGCUUCCGACGAGCACUGGUGGCUGGACGCACACUUUUGUGUCCGCUCGGAAAAGGACAACUCCAUUUUGUCUGCUCCACUUGUGUGUGGCGACAACAAAUGCAUUAGUUUGCUCAAAGCGUCUUAAGUGACAACUAAAUAUUACUUUUUUUGCCUCCCUUUAAUACUUGAUGCUUCUGGAAAGCCCUUUGAGCGUUUAAUCCAUAUCCUUGAUAUCCAUCUUAAGGUUCAUGUACUACUACACUCUUUGUCCUCACUAGUAGAACAGCUGUCUUAAUUGUAAUGUUUUUACUCUACUAGUGCCACUUUUGGUCACAAUUUAAUUACGGUGCUGAACUAGUAAGACGAUUAGGCCCAACUAGUAGGCAUGUGUCACGCAUUAGUAGCCUCCUGGACUCUACUAGUAGCACCAAAAUGCCCACUAGUAGUUUAACCUCACAGUCAACAUGUCGAUGUACUACUAGUAUUACAAUCUGUAAGUCUGUACUUGUAAAAAUGCUCCACAGCCGUUUAUUGACACCCCCGGUUGAAUGUAAAACUAAAUUAAAAGAAUUACACGUACAUUGAAGCAAACUUAUCUUAUGCUUACACAAGUCAGAUAGCUUAAUGCUAACACAUGAAGCAGAACUCCAUAGACAGGCUAGCGAGUUAGCGCCGGUGUCAUGAUAGAAAUCUUUAAAUAAGAAAUAUUAGAACACAAACGGAACUGCACCGUAUAUUGAAAGAUGAUAUAACAAUACUUGCAGGCGUAUAUUUAAAAUCCUUGAUAUCCAGCUAAGGGUCCAUGUACUAGUACACACUUUGUUGUAACUAGUAAGACAACUACAUGUUACUCGUGAGGCACAAGUGUGCUCUAAUUGAUAAAUGCGUGCAACUAGUAGGCACUAGUGAUUUUAUGAAAUUCUACUAGUUCACAUCUAGUGCUCCUUGUCAUACAGCAGUGGGGAAAAAUGUUACUAGGAAGACGCAAUCAUUCUACUAGUGCAUCCUGGUUGCUGUACUUGUGUGUUGGUUUGUCUUACUACUAAGGACAAAGAGCCUACUAGUACACGGACCUUAGGACGGAUAUUAUAGAACAAAUGUUGAAAUGGGAUUCCAUAAAUGCGUCCCCAGCAGCCUUUUCAAAAGCAUUGGGACACCACAGGAAGUUAGCAUGUUUGGCUACUUGAGCGCAUGUUGCGUGUGAAGUCUACAUCAAUCUAGUCUUGCGAGCAGUAAAUGUACUGAUCCCCGUCCACACCCAUCACUCUGUCGAGGCUAAUAAUAAAUAGCGCAGCUAGCAUAGGAGCGUCAUUGUCGUCUGUGACUGAUAGAUGAGUAAGCAAUUUUGGGUGUAAACUUAAAUUACAGGAAAUCAAUGGAAAUGUCGAUGUAAACUGCGGGAAGUUAACCGCUGUUGAAUACGACCACAAUUCACUAAAAUGACUCAGGCUCUGAAGUCAAAACAAAGGAGACAGGAAUCUGUUUCAGGUCACGGUCACGCUAUUGUUAGCCCUUAGCGAUAGCAUCUGGCUUUCAUUUUAUUUGAAACGCACUCACACGCAAAUUUUUUUGAAAAACAUAUUUCUAAAAAUACAACAAAAGAAACAGUGUCUGUAGUUAUGAUACUACAAAUUGUAAUACAUAUUAAAUAUUUGUGAAAAUAUUUAAAAUAUAUUUAAAAUGAUCUAUAUAUAAAAAUGCAUAAAUGUUUAUUCAAUAGUAAUAAUAAUGAAUAGAAAACAGCAAAAAAAGAAAAGAAAAUGGAAACAUGAAUCUGGUGACGUCCACGCUUUUUGUCGAAAAACCGAGAAAUGUUUUUUUUUUUUUUAGUAAUAAAAAUAUAAAAAUUUAAAUAUACAGCACAAAUACUAACUAAAAAUAAUAAUUAUUAUAAUAAUAUUGUAAUAUGCAUUAUUUAAAAUCAGUAUUUAUUCGUGAAAACAGUUUUAAAAAAUAUACAAAAUAAUGAUGUGUCUUUAUAUACCGUAAUUAAAGUAACUGUCUAAAAAUACAGGGGAAAAAGAAUAAAUAGUACAAAUGGAAAGCUUUAAACGGUGUUGAAGAUGACUGAUUUUUUGUUUGUUUUUAAUCCUUGGAAGCUGAAUUUUUGGAAACUCAACUUUUCUUGCUUAAAAAGUUUAAAAAUAUUUUUCAAAUGACAUUCUGUAUACCAUUUUAUUUUCACUGUAUUGCUCACAUUGUACUGAGAAAGCAGCUUUUCUGUUCUACGACACGUUUACCUCUACCGUCAUUUGCGUAAUGACAAAAAAAAAAGCCAAAGAACAUGCAAAACACACACGUGGAGUUCUUGUUUUACAACCCAAAUGUUUUAAAUGAAGGCUGCUGGGGAAAAUUUGUUGUGCAUGCUGGAGUCAAAAUGUACGAUAUGUACAAUGCGUUAAAGAAAAACCCCACCAGAAUUCACCGUUUCAACCUUUUCUACUGUCAAUUCACAUUCAAGUGACCUUACACAAAACAUGUUUACAGGUGACAUCAUUUUUCCAUCUGCCUCUCAAGGAGUUGUCAAUAAAGCACAUUUGUUACUCGGGCUCCAAAUGCAA